GCAACAACAUUCUCAACCCUUUAAUCUCUUUCGCCUGGGGCCUUGGGGGGAACUCUUCGCUGGACCUUUCCGAGCGCCUCUCAUGGCGGUGGCUUUGUCGCUCGGACUGUGACUGGGGACGAAGGCGAAAUGCCGGCACGAUCCAUACUUCUGCCGAGCUCAGCUGUGGGUGCCAUAUCACUUGCGCUGAUGCAACUGAUACGGUGGCCCACAAGCUUGCUUGCUAGAUUGAGCUGCAGCUUUCUAGCGGGGUACUUGCUGAGCUUCAUGAAUGGAGAUGAGAAGCAGCCAGACAGCCGGCGCAGCUUGAAGCUGUUGGCUUUGGCGCAGUAUUUUUGGAAUGCUGUCUUGCCAAAGAUCUUUGACAUUCACUGCCAAGUGGAUGUAGAGGAGCUGCGCAAAUGCGAUCAAUGUAUCGUUGCAGUGCAUCCACACGGCGUUCUCUCCCUGGGGCACUACCUGGUGAUUUCGGGUUUCCAUCCCGACCUGGAAAAAGCUCUUCCUGCGCGGCGGAGAUGCGCUCUAAGUGCUGGAGUGCUGUUCAAACUGCCGGUGGUGCGAGAGAUUGCGCUCGGCAUGGGCUGUGUGGAUGCUCACAGAGAGAUCGCCAAAAAAUGUCUGGCAAAAGGGCUGAGCCUAUCUGUGGUUCCUGGAGGAGAGCGGGAGCAGCUUUUAGCACAGCGUGGCCAGGUAGAGGAGUUGGUAUUGAAGCAGCGGCAGGGGUUCAUUCGCUUGGCCCUCCAAUAUGGAGUGCCGAUCGUCCCGGUUUACGUAUUUGGCGAGGCUCAACUGUUCAAACAGAGCAGGUUCCUUUUUGGCCUUCGAUCUUGGUUGCAGCGAGCGUUAGGCAUUGCCUGGGUCAUGCCCUAUGGACCGUGGGGACUGCCUUUCCAAAAGUUUGAUGACCCGAUCCGGAUUGUCGUUGGCAAGCCCGUGCCAAUGCCCAGGAUGCCGGAGCACACGAAGGAGGACUUACAGCAGCACCAUACAAGGUAUGUUGAAGAAGUGUGUCGGCUUUUUGACGACAACAAGGCUGCUGCUGGAUAUGGAGACAAAAUCCUCCGUAUUGCCUGUGGCUCAACAAUUCUGACGCGUACGUGGGCCCGAAUCAUUUUGCGUUUCCUCGCAGAGCCCCUCAAAUUGUCAGGUGUAGACAGCUUCACAGCUGCUAUCGUUUGGAGCUGGAAAAAUGCCCUGUUUCGACUCCAUCGCUUCUUUUGCCUGUCGCUUCAUGCGUGUUGACUUCCCGGCAAGAAAUGGACAGCAUAUUUGUCACAGCAGAAACUAACACCAACAAGAAUGGAGAGAUGAAGAAGAAUGAGCUCGCAUUGUAAGCUUACACAAGUAAGUACUCAAGCAGUGAAACAGUUGCUUCAGUGAAACUGGUCACUGCCGCAAUGGUUCUUUGUCACAAGCCGCAAAGUAUGACUCGGUGUCAA